AUGUAUUCCGACGUGGGCAACAUCCCGCCGCCGCCGCUGUACCAACUGCCGAACAGCGGCCUGGCGGUGCAGCCUCUCCCCCUGGAGUCUGUCUCGCAACAGUACGCGCCCCCGCAGACCCAGGUCAUUCAGCUACAGCUCUCGCAGCCGAGCACGAGUUACAGCGCCCCCUCGCCGCAACCCCAAGAUACGUACUUCGCCCCCACCGGCCCCCAGGCGAGCAACGCCGGCUCCGGAGGCCUGAUCAGCUUCGGGCCCGCUGAUGCCGUGAGCGGGCCAGGUGCUGGAUACGCGGCGCCAGCUAUAAGCCAGCCCUCUAGUGGUUAUUCCGCGCCAGCUGUGAGCCAGCCCUCUAGUGAUUAUUCCGCGCCAGCUGUGCCUGCACAAUCUUACAGUGCGCCAGGCUUAGGCAGCUCGGGUUCCUUGGGAAGCUCCGGUCCUUUCGGAGGAUCCGGUUCCUUCGGAGGAUCCGGCUCCUUCGGGGGAUCCGGUUCUUUUGGUAGCUUAGGCGGCGGAGGCAGCGGCCUCGGCCAGAGUUACAGCGCCCCAACUGGUCCCAGUCAAUCUUACGAUGUGCCAUCUGUUCCUAGUCAGUCUUACGACACGCCGUCUGUCCCAAGCCAGUCAUAUGACACGCCAUCUGUCCCCAGUCAAUCUUAGGCCAUUUCCCAAGCCAGUCAUAUGACACGCCAUCUGUCCCAAGCCAGUCAUAUGACACGCCAUCUGUCCCCAGUCAAUCUAUGACACGCCAUCAGUUCCCAGUCAGUCUUAUGACACCCCGUCUGUUCCCAGCCAGUCUUACAAUGCGCCGUCUGCAGGAAGUGGCCGAGACUUUGGAGGUCAUGCAGGCGGCACCGGAGGAGGCAUCGGAGGAGGUGGAAGUUCCUACAGCGCUCCUGAAGCACCGAGCUCCUCCUACAGCGCCCCCAUUAGUGGAGGAGGACUAGGUGGAGGAAUAGGCCUCGGAGGAAGUGGAGGAGGAGGAUAUGGAGGCGGCG